CACUUCUAAUCGAGCCCAGUCUUUUGCCCAGUCUGAGAUUCAAACAUUUAGAAGCGAUCAUCCCCAGCCUCUGACUGCAACUGUUGCUGCUACGUAGCAUUAGGGGCUUGCACGUCAUCACUAGGCUCAAUUCAUUUUACUUGCCGAGAUGUCUGAAAACUUUGCUGGCGGGGUGGAGGUGUCGCCCAGCGACCUCCGCUUCCGCUUUCAGCUCAACAAGCAGCUCCUAGCUACCAUCACCGUCAACAACCCCAAUGGACAGCGCGUAGCCUUCAAGAUCAAGACGACCGCGCCAAAGAAGUAUGUUGUCCGCCCUAGCUCUGGCGUUGUGGAGCCGCGGUCAAACCAGAGCGUGCAGGUCAUUAUGCAGGCCCAGAAGGAGUACGCCCCCGAGUUCGCAAACUGCAAGGACAAGUUCAUGGUACAGACCACCGUGCUUGGGGAGACCGAACAGAUUGAAAAGGACACGUUCAACAAGGACGUGCGCAAGGACCUGAAGGAGUACCGACUCCGUGUCACCAUUGAGGGCCCCGCAGCGCCCCCCUCGCCGGUGCCGGAGGCCAACGAGGCGGACGACGAGGCUGUGGCGCGGUCGGCGGCGCCUACGGCUGCUGCCACCUCCGUGUCUGAGGUCCCCUCUGUUGCCGGGGACAGCACCACGGAUGUCCGCCUGCGCACAACGCUGGACAGCCUCACUGCCGCCACCUCGGAGAACCAGCAGCUCAAAGGACAGGUGGAGCGGCUGCAGCGCGAGCGGGACGAUCUGCGGCGGCAGCUGGACACCAUUCAGCUGUCGGGCGCCAAGGUGCCCGUGGGCGGUGCCGUCAAGCCGGCGGCGAAGCCCUCGAGCGCGCUCACGCUGGUGUACGUGCUGCUCGCAGCCAUCCUGUCCUUCAUCCUGGGGCACUAUGUGCGCAUCUAAGCGGCUCAGCGUGUGGCACAGCAGCGGCGACAAGAAGAGCGGAUGCGGGACACAUGUUGUCAACAGAGGCAGCCGUUGCUCACGGCAUACAGCAGGAGAGGCACGGGAGCAUUGGUAGGUGUGGCAUGCGGCGCACUGAAGAUUGAGGUCCCAACCAUGACUGCGGGAGUUUACCGGGCCUGACGGCCAGGAACGCGUGUCCAUAACUUAAUUUAGGAUAGGGCUUUCGCUUUUGUGCUCUGGACAAGGCGUUCACGGUACUUGCGGGGCUGCUGAGUGCAGCCGCCUCUGCGUUUGUGGGUGAAGGCUAUAGCAGACCCCGUCAACUGCGUGUUGACGCAUGGGUGAACAAUGUUAAGAAGCUCAGAGCGAGAUUGUGGGGCACGUGUGUGUUUGAAAGGGAAAGGGCGCGGCCGUGUGCGAGGAGGGCAGGAGCCUCGGACUUCUGGACAAUGGUCACGGACUGAGGAAGAAGGGAUGCGGGCCUCGGCAUUCGAGAUAUCUAAUUAGGUAGAUAUUGGGUGCACGUGCAUGGGAGGGCGUGGGGAAAGCUCGGGACAGCGUUUCAUGAGAACUACUUGCGCUGACGAGUAGUCACAGGGCCAGGCGUCGGUUUGGACUGAAGCGUCGAUGAAGAAGGUGCUCAAGCGCAGGUGGUGAAUGCCUGACGCAUGUAUUGCGACGAUGCGCCCGGCUGAAUGCGGGUGCAAAUAACGCCAAGGUUAAGGGCUGGCUGGUCAGUCUGCAAUCUAUAUGUUUAACCCGGCAGCACAU